AUAACGUGAAAGUCUGGCAGCAUUCUACAUUUUAUUGUCACUGAGUACAUAAGUACUUCCUCCAAUCUGCUUUUCAACAAACAGCAGUGGAGUAAAUCUUGAUGAGCCUUUGCGAACACGAUCAGGUCUUUUUACCUUCACCAUAUCUCCAGGUUUGAAUGUUGGUGUCUUUGCUCCACGGCGUUGAUGUUAAGCAGAUGCUGAAGGUUGAAGAAGAAGCUCCUGUAAACCACAGACCUUUUGCUGACCUACAUGACCCAAAGAUCCACCACAUAAAGGAGGAACAGGAAGAGGUCUACACCAGUCUGGGGGGAGAGCAGCUCAAUGGGAAGGAGGAGAUUGAUGCCAUCAGGUUUCCAGUCACUGCUACUCUCAUAAAGAGUGAGGAUGAUAAACAGUCCCCUCUACUCUCACAGCUUUAUCAAGACCAAAUUAUAGGUAGAGCGCUUCCAGAAGAUAUUGAUGGAGAAGAAUCCAUCAAGAUACAAGAUCAUGGAGAUGGUUCCAUUUCCUCAGAAACUGAAGACACUGAGAAGGAUGAAAAGGCCGAUGAUGUAAGGCACCCCGUCUCUGAGCUCAAACACUUGUCAGACUCUGGACAGAAAUCUAAGGACAUGGACAAUGACUGGAAGGACAGCAGAGCUCCUGAGUCAGAUGGAAACAUUAACAAACCUUUUAGCUCCCCUGAGUUUGCUGAACAAUUUGUUCACCGUGGCUUUUUUCAGAAAGACAUGAUAAAUUCAGAAAUAGGAUCCUUAAGCUCGCUGGAUUUGAAGAGAUGUUUCACAGAGAAGAAAAAUGUGGAAUCGUCUAUGAAAGUCCAGACAGGAGUGAAGUUUAGCUGUGAAGACUGUGGUAAAACCUUUAUUGGAAAAUGCACUUUAAACAUACAUAAGAGAAUCCACACUGGAGAGAGACCUUUCUGUUGCGAUCUAUGUGGACAAAGAUUUAACCAAAAAACUAAUUUAAACACACACAUGAGAGUCCACACUGGACAGAAACCUUUCUGUUGUGAUCUAUGUGGACAAAGAUUUAAGCAAAAAACUAAUUUAAACACACACCUGAGAAUCCACACUGGACAGAAAUCUUUCUGUUGUGAUCUAUGUGGAAAAAGAUUUAGCCGUAAAGGAAGUUUAAACAAACACAUGAGAAUCCACACUGGACAGAAACCUUUCUGGUGUGAUCUAUGUGGACAAACAUUUAACAGAAAACAUCAUUUAAACACACACAUCAGAAUCCACACUGGUCAGAAACCUUUCUGUUGUGAUCUAUGUGGACAAAGAUUUACUGAAAAAGGAAGUUUAAACAGACACAUCAGAAUCCACACUGGUCAGAAACCUUUCUGUUGUGAUCUAUGUGGACAAAGAUUUACUGAAAAAGGAAGUUUAAACACACACAUGAGAAUCCACACUGGACAGAAACCUUUCUGUUGUGAUCUAUGUGGACAAAGAUUUAACCAAAAAGAAAGUUUAAACACACACAUGAGAAUCCACACUGGACAGAAACCUUUCUGUUGUGAUCUAUGUGGACAAAGAUUUAACAGAAAACAUCAUUUAAACAGACACAUGAGAAUCCACACUGGACAGAAACCUUUCUGUUGUGAUUUAUGUGGACAAAGAUUUAGCCAAAAAGGAAAUUUAAAGAAACACAUGGAAAUCCACACUAGAGAGGAAAGUGGUUAAGGUUUAAAUGCUCAAACAGAUUACGGUCGCUGCAAAAUGUUUUGAUGUGAAGUGCAAGGCCUGCGGUGGGAAUACAUCUAAUCUGAGGAAACACCUAGUUAAGCACCAGAUUUUUGUCAACGCUGAAGGGUGCCCAAUUUUUGUCAGCCUCAGAUAUAUGGCUAGAACUCCUUCAUUCAGCACCGCUAACACGCCUGCUAAUGGAUGCAAUUUGUGCAAUAAAUUUGUGCCUUAUUAAGAAAACAAAAACUGCGUAGUUAAGGGUUUUCAUCUUGAAAUGUUUGAAACACCUGAGAUGUUACAAUACCAACAGCUGGAUGUUGUUUUGAUAUAUUCAAUAAAGUUUAUAUAUAGAAUAAUACAUACACUACUGGUCAAAAGUUUUAGAUACACUUUCUCACUUAAUGGGUUUCUUUAUUUUUCAUGACUAUAUAAAUUGUAGAUUCUCACCAAAAGCAACAACACUUUGAAGGAACACAUAUAGAGUUAUAUAGUAAACAAAAAAUGUGAAAUAACUAAACAUUUUUAUAUUUUAGGUUACAGCUUUAUUUUAGAUUUACAGCUUCUAUAAAAGCUAUAAUUUGUCUAUAUUAGAUUCUUCCAAAUAGCCUCCCUUUGCUGUGAUUACUGCUUUUCUCUCGUAACAUUCUCUCCAUGAGCUUCAUGAGGUGGUCACCUGAAAUGGUUUUCCAAAGAGUCUUGAAAGAACUUACC